AUGUCCACAAUAACACCAAUGCUCCGUGGUGAAGUGGCAGUGAAAAGGAUUCAUGAAUGGAACGAUGUGACUCAAAGCGCAGAAUAUGGUAAGCGUUUGCAAGACAUUCUCGUUCGCAUCCAUAUGAGAUCUCCAGGUGUUCCAUUGAUGACUGAUCGUGGAGACGAUGAAUUUGAUGAUACUGACGAAGACAUAGAUCAGGCAGUGUCGGUGGAGCCUGUUGAGCCCAAGAGAAUCGCGCCAGAAGUUGGUAGUACCACAUUACUUCCACGUCUGAACAUCGACUGGUCGCGAGAAACCCUCAUUUUGAUAUACAGCUUACUCUUCGCUAUCGCUACAUUUUCGUUGAUGUGUAUACUGAUCUGUUAUAUAUGGUGUAGGAAAAGAAGACAAUCACAUGAUUUUAAAACAGAUUAUUAA